AUGUCUGUUGCAGAAGAAUUUGAAAAGGCAAAUAUCGCUUACGUGGCUCAAUUCGAUAAAGGUCAUUUACCUUUACCUCCAGGUAGGCAAGUUGCUGUGGUGAUUUGUAUGGAUGCUAGAAUUGAUCCUGCUGCUGCUUUAGGAUUAACUGAAGGGGAAGCUCAUGUCAUUAGAAAUGCGGGUGGUAGAGCUUCUGAUGCUUUAAGAAGUGUGAUUAUUUCUCAACGUUUAUUAGGGACCAGAGAAAUUGUCGUUGUUCAUCAUACUGAUUGUGGUAUGUUAACUUUCAAUGAUGAACAAUUGAGAGGGAUAGUUAAAAAGGAAACUGGUCAUAGUGUUGAUCAUUUUGCUUUCUUACCAUUUAGUGAUUUAGAAUUAAGUGUGAAAGAAGAUGUUGAUUUCUUUAAAAAGAAUGAUUUAGUGUUGGAUGUUCCAAUAUCUGGUUAUAUUCAUGAUGUUAAAGAUGGAAAAAUCACUAAAGUUGCUUGA